UUAGCGAGCGCGGCUUUACAAGUGGCACGAGGGCAUUUAGUUUUACGUCCACAACGCAUUUUACAACUCAUUCGACAAAUCAUAAUACAUGAUAAAUAAGUUUUGGAAAACGCUAAUUCCCAUACGGGUAGUAGAAUCGGUCAGUUUGGGGCACGUGAAGUUGAACUUCACAUAUCGAAUCUUUAAAGGUUUACUUUCCAGUGUAUCGGGGUUGGUAAUUGUAAUCCUUGAUCAAAUGACAAUCAUAUCGAAUCAUCUCGAUAAAUAGCGACUCAAAGUACCAAAAAAAAAAAAAAAAUUGCGUGGUGGAACCAAAGUGGAAAAAUCCAAGCUGAAACCAUGAGGUCAUCACUAGUCCUUUUGGCAACUUUGUUCCUCGCGGUCGACCUGACGGUCUGCUACCAUCCUCCGAAGACCGCGAUCGACGACAACUCCAUACCUCUGUCUCAAGUGCCACUUCAGUCCCAGAUCAACCCCCAGUUGAUAACACGCGAGGAGUGUGCCAAUCGGUACGGUGUUAACGUCAACAACCAGCACCAGCAGGUGUCCAGUGGUGUGGGCUCCUCGCUGCCAGCUUACUCCCCGCUGUUGCCCCCAUAUUCACCCAUUCCCGGGGUCAGCUCGCCACUGCCCCUCCCUGUGAUCAACAGCUACGUUGACAAUCGCUACGUCAAUAUCCUGCCACCCCUGCCUAAGGUAGCUGGCGUGAACCAUUACGCCGGCCCCGUGCUCCAGAACCCCGUGGUGCCGAGAAUCUCCGGUAGCGUCAGGAGCGACCAGAGCCCCCAACUGGGCAACGAUGGGAUCGUGUUCGAGGAUACUUUCCCGAGAGCAGGCCUGCCCCUGGGACCGCCGAGCCGACAGGUCAUCGUCCGGGGCCUUGAGGUGGUCCACCAGUGGAAGUACCUCGACUGGGUGUACCCGAGCGCCCAGCUGACCGGCAAGAACUUCACGCUCGGUAACCCGCUGUCGCAGGACGUGGACAUAGACAGGAGGGGACGGAUCUUUGUCACUAGUCCACAAUGGCUGUCCGGGGUGCCGGUUACCCUGUCGACGCUGACCAGUCAGUACGGGCCUGGGGGCCCCUUGCUCACGCCCUACCCGAAUUGGGAGUGGCACAGGCCGGGCUGCGAGAAUUUGGUCUCGGUCUACAGGGUCUUGAUCGACGAGUGCAACCGCCUAUGGAUGGUGGACACGGGUAGCGCGACCGGCCAGUCCAUCUGCCCGAUGAAAAUCGUCGCGUUCGACCUGAGCACCGACAAGCCGAUCCUGGUCUACCAGAUCCCCGAGAGCCAGACUGUCGCGCGCAGAGCCUCCUACGUGAACCCCGUGGUCGAGAUUGGUGACACCUGCAACGACACCUUCGUCUACGUGGCCGACGUGAUCAAGCACGGCUUGCUCGUCUACAGCAUGAGGGAGAACCGCUCCUGGAGGCUCGACAACACGCCGGGAAAUGCCUUUGGCGACGAUCCCGACGCAGGCACCUUGACCAUCGCCGGGGAAAGCUUCAGUGUGAACGACGGCACCCUCGGUAUGUCACUGUCACCCCGAGGAUUUUACGCCAAGAGAUACCUCUACUUCAACUCUCUGGCGAGCUUCUACCAAAAGUUCGCCGACUCUGACUCCCUGAAGCGCAGCUUCGUCUACGAGCCCAUAGUCUACCAGUCGCUGGGCAAGCGCAUCAGCCAGGCGGGCGUCCAGGCGACCUCCCGCACCGGCGCCACCUUCUUCCAGCUGGCCCAGUUCACCGCCCUCGCCUGCUGGAACAUCGAGCGGCCCUUCACCCCCGAGAACAUCGUCGUCCUGGCCCGCGACGAGAAGACCCUGCAGUACAUCAGCGGCAUCAAGGUCAUCGUCAACGCCCUCGGCAAGGAGGAGCUCUGGUUCAACACCAACCGGCUCCAGAAGACCAUCAACAACUCCAGGAGGAUCGACGACCUCAACUUCCGCUUCAUCCGCGGGAAUGUCGAUGAUCUCAUCAGGGGCACCAGGUGCGAGCCCACCGGUCAACGGGGCCCGGAGCCCGAUUUGAACGGCUGGAAGAGGGUUUGAGAU